UAGAGCUAUGAUGGCUGCGCUCUGAAUGUAAACAGUAGUGUUUGUCAGUUGUCCUUUGCUUGUGGGAGGACAGGUGAGAGACGGGAUUGUUUAUGUGUCGCAGUCCUGCGCUGUUUGUCGGUGAGAGCCAGCAGAGGAGAUAACUCCCAGUGCGCAGUUUGGCUUUCAGAUAUGAGACUGUUGUCGCAGGCGGUGAAGUUUGCGGUGACUCACCCGGAGAGGAGCCGCAGACACUUCUGGGGCUGGCUCAAUGCCGUUUUCAACAAGGUGGACUAUGAAAGGAUAAAAGCUGUGGGCCCAGACCGAGCAGCAGCAGAGUGGUUGCUGAGAUGUGGUGCUAAAGUGCGCUUCCAGGGUUUUGAUCGCUGGCAUCUCGACUACAACGCAUUGCCAACUGGGUCUCUGGGCAGAUACAAGAUCCAGGCGAUUGACGCCACUGAAUCCUGCAUCAUGUACAAAGGGUUUGACUACCUGGAUGGUUUGAAACAUUUGGAAGAAGUCAAGUUCAAUAAGUGUAUCUACAUUGAAGAUGCCUGUCUGGAGAGGCUGACCUCCAUAGAGAACCUGCAGGAGAGCUUGUACAUGAUGGAGGUGGUGUCGUGUGGAAAUGUGACUGAUAAGGGUAUUAUCGCCCUGCACAAACUCAGGAAACUGGAGUAUCUGUUUCUCAGUGAUCUUCCCGGAAUCAAAGACAGACAGACAACAGUUGACAGGCUGCAAACUGCACUUCCACAUCUGGAAAUACAGCUGGACCUGGACUGAUCGUGUGAAUGGCACACAGCACAACAUCCAUUAUUCUUAGGUUUUGAGGGUUUUUUGUCGCGAGAAGGUGUGGCGUAAUCAUUCACAGAGUUGUCAUUUCGUCAGUCCAACAAAGAGUCAAAUGAAAUCGCUGGUGACACUAGUUCACUGUGAUAUUUAUUCAAAGUAACUCCAUAUGUGUGUACAUAGAGAAAGCAAUUGAAAAGGUUUAUUUUAAGAGUAAUUUACAUCUUCUUUUUAGAUUAUUUUGGCAUUCAUCAUUAAAUAUCUGAGGACAAACAGAUGGCUGAAAACAUCCUUAGCACCAAUAUUCCAGAGACGUUGAGUACAGUGCGACUGCUGCUAAUAAAUGUUUGUGAAAGUGGGAUAAAGGAUGUUUAAUGUCUGUAUUUACUCCUAAUGUCAAUAAAUAAGAUUUUCUGAAACGCU